AUUAAUAGCGAGUUAUAGUGAUCAAUUUGAUCAAUGGCUGGAGAUUUUGAGUGGAUUCCUUCGGCAGCUGCAGAGGAUGCGAUUCAUAAAAAGGCGGAUCGUGAGCGGCUCAACACGCUUACUGAGGAGUCGACCAGUGAAUCCACCGUGUGUCCAGCGAUUCAUAUUAUCGAAGCGAAAUCACCUGCAACGAUGGAACUGACCCCAACGAUCCAACAGUCGCCCAAACUUACACCUAAUGUCAGCUUUGCUUCACGGCCCGAUUGUCGACGUCCCACGGGCAACAGUUUAUUCGGGGACGACCAUCCACAAGACAGCGGUUCUCGACGGCCCUCGUUCUUUGGCGGCUUUUCUAGGGCGUCCUUUAGUGUGCACAAGAAAAAUCUGAUCGAAUUCCUGCAGCAUCACGGUAGCAAGCUGUCGCUGAAUAAGAAGGAUGAUACUAAGCAUGAAUCGCCUGAGUAUAAGGAGAUGCGGGAUAAGAACCGAGCGGUGGCGCAUAACCAGUUCAGUAUCGCCUUGUCCGCUUUGUACGCCAAACUGAUCAUAGUGCUCGGAAUCGCCUUUCCCAUAACGGAUGUCGUGUCCGAAAAGGCUCCUCAACACUUCUACCAAGGAUUCUACCUGUAUCUGUACUUGAUCAGUGUUCUUUUUACAAUAUACCUCUACGUUAUACGCUUCCAGCACAAUGCCAAGCUGAACUACAUCUUGAGGCAAUACCAUGAACCUGGUGGUAUACCAGAAAUGUUGAAACCGAAAGAGGCCCGAUUCGGUUCAUUCUACCUCCGGGUUGGAGCAAUUGCCUUCGGAAUCGGAAGCAUGGUCUACUCUGGUCUUGAGCUUGGCCAGUACUUUGAGUUGAAACGCGAUGAAAGAUGUCAAAAUGUUCUAAUUGCAUUAAUUCCGGCCGCUCGAAUGGCACUAUGCAUUGUACAGAUGCAGUUUCUGUUCUUCAGCAGCGUACCACAGUUUCACAUGAACCGGCACAAAUUCAUUUCCCGCUUUGGCCUGAUGCAUAUGCUGGCCACCAACCUGUGCGAGUGGCUGUACGUGAUAAUCGAAGAGGCCAAGCACGAGAUUGCCCACAUCGCACACGAGGGGAUAGCCAUCCAUGCGAAAAGUGGUGAAGCAGCAGCAAUGACAGACAAUGGACUAAAAGCGAAGCUAAUCCAGCUAAACGCCACCCAUUAUGUGCAGCACCACUUGAGCAAGCGUGACGGUGCCAGCGCAUCGCUGGCCGGUAUCGAAUGCCUUCGGACCAACAUAAUGGGGUCAUUGGUACAGAACGCGUCCCCAUUCCUGUUUCCUUGCACCAUUGAGUACUCGCUGAUUUGCGCUGUCAUUCUGUUUGAAAUGUGGAAGAAACUGCGGGAAACCGAACGGGGCAGAAAUGGCUCGCGUAAAAGCUCCCGGAAAAGCCUCACCGGAAAAAGUGCCCAUCUACUGUCCAUUGACUGCUCCAAUGCCCAACGUGGAAUGUUCGGAGGGAUUUUGGUCAUCGUUCUAACCAUCAUAGUGCUGAUAAUGUACUUUGUACUCCACAAGGAAAUGUACUUCCAGCGGAUGGCAACCAUCGAGGUUACAAUUAGCGAAAUAAUUAUCUACACGAUAACCGCAUUUGCUGUUGUGUGGGCCAUGAUCCAAAUGCGUGACCUCAAGUUUUCGCAGAAGAAAGGUGAUGGUGGAAUCCGUUUGGACUGCACACUACUAGUCCUUGCCCAGAUCGGUAUCUACAUCUACUGCAUGUUUAGCAUGAUCGGAACUUUCUUCUCGAUCGGCAUUACAGAACAUGCUUCGAUUUACUCAUUAGUGGCGGAGAUGAUUUCGCUGAUACAAACAACCCUGCAAACCUUGUUUGUCAUGAAUGCCUGGUGGCGGCGAUGCAAGGGUGCCAAACAGAAUCGCACCAAACCGGGAAGGGAGACCAUCACAUUCCUGCUGAUUGCCAACAUGGCCAUCUGGAUCAUUAACACGCUGAUCAAAACUAAUGCAAGCUUCAGACCAACGUUGAUGGCGUUUUACGGCAUCUGGGCUUGGACAAUCAUUACGCACAUUUCGAUGCCGCUGGCAAUAUUCUAUCGAUUCCAUUCGACUAUCUGUCUCUUUGAGGUCUGGAAAAAUACCUACAAAGUUAGAUAUGAACAAAAUUGAUUUCUAGAUUACACCGUUAGUAGUUCGUAGAAAUAUACCAUAAAAAUAUGUGAUUAUUAGGCUAAGUUUAUAUGAUGUGCUACUGCGUAGUACAU